AUGAGUAAAACGGAUGAGAACCAUCGAUAUCAGCCAUAUUAUCGAGCCAAACCGUACCAUAACGAUAGACGAUAUGAUGAUGAUGAACAUUAUAAACGUCCAUAUAAGAAAACGAAUAAACAUCAUUAUCAGUAUCAUGAUAAUCGAAAUUAUAAUGAUUUUUCUUAUCGACGCUCGUAUAGACAUGAUUAUCGUCAUCAAUACUCGAAACCGAAAUCGAAAUCUCAUUCGUAUUUCUCUACACCGCCACGACCAUUAAUGUCUACAUCACCACCACCACCACCGCCACCGCUGCCACCAGUUCAUCCUCCACCACCUCCCCCGGUGCUGACUGUGGUGCCGCAUGAACGUGAAUCAUGGAUUCGUUCUGUAAAAAAGACGAAAGUGAAUGAAAGCACGGAACAGAAAACUCAAUAUUUAGAAACCAUGCUUCGCAUGCCUCAGCAAAAAGCUGCAUUAAGUUCGUCAAGAUUUGAUCGAAUGCGUUUCGCCGAUGAUCAACUAGUGACGACGACAACAACAGCUACAACUGUGACAUCUACGACGGAUGAUAAUCUUGUUGAUAACUCUUUCCAUUUAAUUGGUGAUAUUAAUAAUUAUGAGGAUAUCCGUACUUUAGAGAGAAUUCUAUUCAAUAAUGAUUUAGGAGCAUCUCGAUCCAAUUCAACUGGUGAAUGUCCGAAAGAAGAUUCAUUGCCAACACCACCACCACCACCACCGUUGUCGGUUGUUGCAGAAGACCGUCCAGAUCCGGUGCCUUGCUCCGGUUUCCUUAUUGAUAAUUGUGAUGAGGAAGAAGCGCCUCCAUUGUCACCACCACCUCGGCCUUUGCUUCCACCUAUUGAUGAUUUAAAUGAACAGAAUGCCGACGAAAACAAUGAUGAUCUUAACGAACAACGUGUGAUGUUAGUGAGUGAACUCGAUGCUGCCGAAGCUGAGCGCAAGCGAGAAUUGAAACGGCAAAAACGAUUACACCAAAGAUUACAGAAGAAAAAGAAGGCAGUCACAGUGGCAACCGGCACUACACAACCGGAAACGAAAUCGGAAGAUAAAGAAGACACGCCUUUGUCUGAUAACGAUGACCCAGAAUCCCUGUCCGAUUGGAUUGUCGAAUACGAUACAAAUACCAUCGGUGAAGUUUGCCAACUAACAGACGAAGUUCGACGAACAUCGACAGCGUUGAAUGAAGAAGAUAAAACGGCCAAAGUCAAUAUGAUUCUUCUUAAAAUUAAAAAACAACAAAAAGAAUUGAAUCGUCUGCGACAAUAUGUAAUGUCAAUGUUAGGUGAACAGAGUAAAUCGAAGCCAUCGAAAAUAACUCGGUCGAAUACCAACAUUGCCCAUGAUCUAUUGUUAGCUUUUCUUAACCAACCAACUCAGUCGGGUUGUUGGCUAUGUUCAGGGAAAAUGUACGCUGAAGUCGCCACUCAAUGUAAUCACGAUGACGAACAGUAG